AUGUCAGACACAGAGGAUUUUAAUGACGAUUUAGAGACUAAAGAAGAUCCAUUAUUUAUACCACCAUUAAAUUUUUCAAUGGUAUCAAGAGGUGUCUAUAGAAGUGGUUAUCCAAAUAAAAAGAAUCACCCAUUUUUAAAAAAGUUAGGGUUGAAAUCAAUUCUAUACCUUUGCCCCGAAGAAUACAGUGAAUCAAAUACAAAUUUCAUUAGAAAACAUGGUAUCAAAUUAUUACAUUAUAGAAUCGUUGGUAAUAAAGAACCAUUUGUAGAUAUUCCAGAUGAAUAUAUUAGAGAUGCAUUGGUAGAUUUAUUGGAUGUGAGAAAUCAUCCAAUCUUAAUUCAUUGCAAUAAAGGAAAACAUAGAACAGGUUGUUUAGUUGGAUGUUUAAGAAAACUUCAAAAAUGGUCAUACACAUAUAUAUUUGAUGAAUAUAGAAGAUUUGCUGGAAGUAAAGUAAGAGUUUUGGAUCAACAAUUUAUUGAAUUAUUUAAUUUAGAAGUACCAUAUAACAAGAGGUAUAAACCUGAUUGGUUGACCAACUAA